AGUUCUGGUGUUUGUUGGCGUGUGAGAUGAAUUCUUAACAAGGAAGAAGAAGAACGAAAGAUGCGUAGAGAGAUCUCGUUUUUGCUACAGCCCAGGUGUCUUCUCCUCCUCGUUGCCCUAACGAUUUUCCUCGUCUUCGCGCUCUUCAACUCCGGAAAAGGUGAGGAGAAGCAAGUAAUUGAAGAUCACGAAAUCACCAACAGGGUUUUUCUCGAUGUUGAUAUUGACGGCCAACGCUUAGGCAGGAUUGUUAUCGGACUAUAUGGCACUGUUGUACCCAAAACUGUAGAGAAUUUCAGGGCUUUAUGCACAGGAGAGAAGGGAAAAACCUCAAGCGGAAAGCCUUUACAUUAUAAGGGAACACCGUUUCAUCGUAUAAUAUCUGGAUUUGUAAUCCAAGGAGGAGACAUUAUCCAUGGUGAUGGAAAAAGUAGUGAGUCAAUCUAUGGUGGUACUUUUCCUGACGAAAAUUUCAAGAUAAAGCAUUCACACGCAGGUGUUGUAGCGAUGGCUAAUACAGGACCGGAUUCUAAUGGCUCGCAGUUCUUUAUCACUACUGUUAAGGCUAGCUGGUUGGAAGGAGAACAUGUGGUGUUUGGAAAGGUGAUACAAGGAAUGGACAAUGUAUUCGCCAUUGAAGGUGGAGCUGGAACUUACAGUGGCAAACCCAGGAAGAAAGUUGUGAUUGCUGAUUCUGGAGAGAUCCCUAAAGAUAAAUGGGAUGAAGAGAGAUGACCAAGACAACCUAAGAUACACAUCACUACAAAUCUGGUUCUGGUUCCUGUGAGAUUCUCUGUCUCUGUUUUUUCUUUCUAUUUAUAGUUUUGCACAUGUGAUGAUCUGAAUUCUGAACACAAUGCCAUUGUAGUUAGUGUUUAAAGGAAGCAUCUGUAGCUUUUCACUUAAAAGUUUUUCUAGACUUUAUUGAUAUGAUUUUUAGUUCAGUCUACUACAGUUAUGUAGAUAUAUCUGAUAUUUAUGAUGAUUUGAAUUAUUGUAGACAUUAUAUCAUUAUUUUCACCUCUUACGUAUGAAUUUGAUACAAUUCUGACAUAACAUAACUAUUAAAACAAUUUGCCAACU